UUUGGUCCGUAGAUACGAUCACUACAGAAUCAGAAAAACUCGGUUUCCCGGCAAGCUUCACGGGGUGGGUGUGAACGCACGUGUCGCUUACAGGAAAACGUAGUUCCGCAGCCUACUACGCCGGUGGUUUCCGUGAGGGGCGAACUCAGUUUCCCAAGUGGCGCUGCGGCAGAUAGUCCGAAGUCGGGCUUUCCCGGCCUAAGAGCGGGUUUGAACCGGGCGGCGGCAGUAGUCGCUGGCACAGGCUGGGAAUGGUGGCGUCAGUGUCCUGUAUCUGGGAAGGUCUCGAUCAAGAUUCAGCACCUUCAACUCCCACCUGAUAUAUGCGAGUCAGGGUAUCCCGUUUUCCCAGCAGUUCUCCAAGAACGCCGCUCCCCUGACUUGUACCAGAGGCGCAGUUUGGGUCUGAUAAUUGCGUCCCUACCCUUAGUAUUGAAUUCUCACUCCCUUCUUUCCAUCUGGCAUUGUGGCCUUUCCUGGCUGUGCCUAAGGGUGUCCUGGGCCGAUAGAAGAAGGGCAACAGACACCAGGGAGCCAGAUCCCUGCCGCAGGGUAUGAGUAGGAGCGUGAGUUGGUCUGAGCAGCUCCACACACUUCGCAAUGCUACUGAUGGAAAUGGCUCUGCUGACCUUCUCUGGGCUUGUUGAUUGGCUUUAGAAUGACGGGGCUGUCAUCCCUGCAGGCAGCAACUGCUGUGGGAGGAGUGAAAGAUUCUGUGCGAGGAACUGAAGUUGUUGCGGGGCCAGCUGCGCCAGCACCAGGAACUGCUGCUGGGACAACUGGCUGAGGGGAGGCAAGCUCAGGCCUGAAGCUGGAAGGAAGGACCAGGACUAGACCUCCUCUUUGUGCCUAUCACUUCUUUAACCUCUGUUCACGUCCUCCAAUCUAAGCUGCCCCUGGCUGCCACCUUUGCCAUGUCUCUUUCUUCAUCUAGCUCUGAAAUUUCCAGAGGAGCACACUUUUUAACCUGGAGCCCAGCAGCUUUCAGCUCUAUGCCCAGAGUCUUGUGCAGGGGGUACCUAUUCUUUAAGAGUCCCAAGAUGCUCCUGAGUGACCUAUAAGGACUUGUCAGAGUAGUUGGGUAAAGUCUUCUUUGCUUGCCUUCUCCUCCAAGGCCUUGUUUCUGGGCCCCCUGCCCCUCCCUUCUUGAUGUAGCUGGUAUCUGCCCUCCCUGCUGAGGCUUGUCACUACCUGCUCACC